GAACCCUCUCAUAUUGUCACCCUCUCAUAAUGUCACGUAGUCAUGGUUACAGAGUAAACACCUUUGUUUCAUUCAUUCCUUUGUUCAAGAGUUAUUAAUCAAAAUGCCGAAGCAUAAUUUGAAUUAUAACGAAAAGUUGAAAUUAUUAAAUUGUGUUCACAAAAAUGGAAUCGAUACGGUCCAACGUAUGUACCGAGUGAGUCGAAGGACAGUAUUACGAGCAAUCUAGAAUGAAAGUAAAAUUGAAGAAAAGGUUGUCCAAGGAAAGGGUAAAAUGAAAAGCUUGGUGGACAAAACAUCUAAUCUUGAUUCAGCUUUACUGUCAUUUGUUCACAAAAUGAAUAAAAAAACAUUCCCAAUAUCAUCACAAAUGAUUUGUCAAAAAGCUAUUGAGCUAUCAAAAAAUUCAAAUUUCAAAGCUUCCAAUGGAUGGUUUGAGAGAUUCAGAAAAAGGUGUAAUAUCAAAUUUGGAACACUUUCUGGUGAAGCUGCAGCAGUUGAUCAAAAUGUUGUUGAAAAUUUCAAGCUAAAUAACUUACCAUUGAUUGUAAGAAAAUAUCCACCAGAUAAACGUUGCAAUGUUGACGAAACUAGUCUAUUUUAUCGUCAGUUACCUUCAAAAACAUUUUUCAUCAAAAAGAAUGAACACUUUGGGAAUAAAUUAAACAAAGAAAGAAUCUCAAUUCUACUUGGGUGUAACCAAAGUGGUGAAAAGAUGUUGCCUUUGAUUAUCACUAAAUCAAAAAAUCCAAGGUCUUUAAGAGGUCGAAGUAAUUAUUUAAAUCAAAAAGGUCUUUUAUUAGAGUCAAAUAAAGCAGCUUGGAUGACCAAAGAAAUUUUUUUCAAUUAUAUAAAAAAAUGGCACGUGGAGUUGGAGAAAAAAGGAGACAGAAUUGCCUUAAUAUUGGAUAAUUUUGCUGGUCACAAAGUUGAUGAAAAAAAUUUUCCAUUAAUUGAAUUUUUUGGCUUCCACCAAAUUCAACUUGUUUUCUCCAGCCAUUGGACAGUGGAAUCAUAA